UGGAAAAAAAUGAUGAUAUUAUGUAUUUAGAAGCAGAACAGUCUGAAUUAAAGGAUAAAGAAUUUAAAUCUGAAGAUGAAGCUUUCGAAGCGUAUAAUGAAUAUGCUUUUAGGAAAGGUUUUGGAAUUCGAAUUGGGAAGAGUAAGAGAAGAAGAGAUGAUUCUUUUUUGAUGAAAAGAUUUGUUUGUUGUAAUGAGGGAUUCAAAGAUAAUAAGUGUAAGAAUAAAAGGAUUUAUGAGAAGUUGGAUCAUCGAACUGGUUGUUUAGCUUUUGUGCAGUUUCAUAUUGAUCAUUUAGGGGUCUAUACAUGUACAAGACAUGAAAUGGUUCAUAAUCAUGCUAUGAUUCCUCCUGAAAAAAGGCAUUUGAUAAGGAGGUUGGGGGAUCUCCUAAUCUUUGUUUUUACUGCUUCUGAUGCUUAUAAUGCAUUGUCAUCUGAAAAAGCUGCCCAAAUUGAAGGAUGUGAUGGUAACCAAUUGAUUAAAUAUUUUGCCAAGAGACAUGUGGAUGAGACAGAUUUUUAUUAUGAUUUUGAACAAGAUGAUAGUGGUGCUUUAGUUAGUUUUUUUUGGCGUGAUGGUAGGAUGAUGAGAGAUUAUCAUUACUUUGGAGAUUUGUUGGUUUUUGAUACAACUUAUAGAACUAAUAAAUAUGGAAUGAUAUGUGCUCCAUUUGUUGGGAUGAACCAUCAUGUACAUCAUGGUAACAAUGUCAUGUUUGGUAUGGGUUUUAUUUCUUAA